CUCGACGUGCAGACAGCAGGGUAGAAGAAGAAGAAGAGCGCUUAUAAAACUUCAGAACAGCUCGACUUGUUGUUUUCUCUGAAGCUCGAAAGUGAAACCCGCAGCGGCUCUGAUGCUCGCCCGGGCAGCCAUGGGCUCCACCGGCGUUAUAACCCAUCGCCUGGGGAAAAACGUCACGCUCUACGUGAAUGAAUUGACCUCCUGCGCUGCGGGACGCCUCCGUCCAGCCCCGGAGGAGUCGAAGCCCAUCCUGCUCAUGCUGCCCUGGCUGUUCUCACAUCCACAAGCUCAAGCCAAGUAUUGUGACAUCUACUUUCAGUCCGGUUUUGAUGUCCUGGUGGUGGACAGUGAGGUGAAGGAUUUCCUGUGGCCUCGGUGGGGUCUGGAUCGCGGACAGAGACUGCUGGAGUUGCUCCACACCGAGCGCUUCGUGUCCCGCCCGCUACUCGUGCACGCCUUCUCCAUCGGAGGCUACACGUUCGCCCAGCUGCUGGUGCACAUGUCGAAGGACGUGCAGAAGUAUGAAGAGUUCACCAAGAGGAUCAGAGGCCAGGUCUUUGACAGCUUGGUGCUGGGCACUGUGGAGCAGAUGGCCGCAGGUCUCGGUAAAACGGUACUUCCUCGUUGGGACACAUUGUUGAAAAAAGCCAGCUUGCUUUACUUCAAUACUUUCCGACAACAGACGGUCGACUACUACAACUUAGGAAUCGAUACGUUUUGGAACACUCCAGUCAAAGCUCCCGCGCUGUUCUUCUUCUGCGACAACGACGUGAUGAGUGACUCCGAAGUUGUGACGGAACUGAUCGCUUACUGGAGGAAGCGUGGGAUUGAUGUCACAGCAAAGCAGUGGAAGGAAUCCGUACACGCGGGUCACCUAAAGAAACACCCGCAGGAGUAUCUGACUACCCUGAAUAUGUUCCUGCACUCCAUCUACAUCGGCCAGCCCAAGGCUAAGAUGUAAGAUUUCACAAAAUCAAGUACUGAAGGGGGAAAUCUCAGGCUUCUUUCAGUCUGGUUUGUUACAAAUGUACGUGAAGGAAAGUAGCUUUGAUGCACAUUUUCAAGACUUGCACAACUUUUUAAAGACUGACACAGUUGAAGCGUCGUAAGACCCGAUUUUCAACCUCUGAAUGUUGAAGCACCCGCCACAAACCCCCCAAAGCUUUUAUGUCUGUCCUGAGAGGUUCCCUCCUAACUUCUUAAAAACCUUUUACAAAUAUUAAUCUAAAUGUUAGUCUUGAUAUUUAGUUUUUCCCAAAGCACAACUAUGUCUUUGUUGACAUAGGCGUUAAAAUGUUUGAGGUUUUUACCAACAUAACUUUUAAUGGUUCUUUAAAAUAUUUGAUUUAUGAAGUUGUUAUUGUUGCAGUGGGAUUAAAAUCUGCAAACUUACAGUUUUAAGUGUGCUUCUCCAACCGCUAGGCUACCAUUGCCAUUUCAAGCCUCACCAGCGACUGACGGUGGGGGAAAACUAUAUGAAGUCAAACCGCCCGCCUGCUGACGGGGCAACAGAUGGUACAGCUUGGCGUUGGAGAUAAGCGUUUGGGAUCCACUGCCGCGCUUUUUUGCCACCCCAGGAUGAGACCUCCCACCAGCAGGGUGACUAACAAGAAAAGGAGAAGUAAUACGGUGUGGUAGUCUGGCAAUGUGAAAAUGUGUGCACUCCAUUUACGUGGCAUACCACUAGGAAAAAUAAAUUAAUCCUAAAUCGGUUGUUUGGCGUGAACGUGAAAUGUUUGGGGUGUGGCUCUCUAACUUAAAUAAGGAAGGGAAGUGGAUGGCGUCGUCUUCAGAUUGUGUGUGCUCACAUUCACACCAACAAUCAUCAGUUACCUCAAUUUAUUGGACUGUGGAUUAAACUGGACUACCGGGGUGCUGAUGAGGAAGACGAGGGACAGACGCUUCCAUCAGUCGGUCAUUCACUUCACUUCAAGAAUGGACUACAAGUCCGUCCUCAGGGCAAUGCCCUGUUCUGACAUGGAGCGACUCAACAACCGUCUUCAAUCUUCUCAGGAAAAAAAGAGUCGCAGCAUGAAUGUCGGUCUUUCUAGUCUGCAGACCCUCGUCUGUGAAACGCACCUCCUGAGAGUGCAACAGACUCUGGAAAGCAUCAAAAGUGGACUUAAAACGUUCCUGUUUACCAGACUGGAUGACCUGUAAGUGUGUUUGUGUUGGACUAUAGGAUCUUGGUCUUUCUUUGUCUUUCAUUAACCGUUGCCUUUCACGUUAUUUUACAAGCAAUGCUGAGAUAUUUUACAGAAUGCAGAACGUCUCGUAUCUGACAUGUAUCACUUCCUGGAUAAAACUUGUGUAUCACCUACCCUUGUCGAUAGUUACGUUGCUAUCUGAGGAAUGGAAUAUUUAGCUGUUAGUGCGACUGGUACUAGUGGGUAAUCUAUAUAUUUGUGUUUGGGAUACAACAUUGUAACACUGUAAAAGAAUUCCCCUCUGGGAAUCAUGUACUUUAUUAUUCUGAAGGUCAACACAUGAAACUUUUUAAAGAUAAUAUACAUAAUACAGAAGAAUAUCUAGCCUAAAAGAUUCAUUUGUGGAUGGGCUCCAAUAUUCUCUUGAAAUCAUAACAUUUCUACAGGUAUUCAAUACAUGUAAUUCAGAAAUGUCAAUUUCUCUCAAAUUAGUGUGUUGAGAAGUCACAUGAAGUAUACUUUACUGAUCCAUUUCAAAAAUUUACUCCUGUAUUUAACCUGAACUGGACAUAUAGGGCCUUGUGACCAAAACGGUCUUCUGUCAGCAGAGGGAUUUGAACCUGCAAGCCGCUGCUGCCAAAUAGAACAUAAAACUGAAAAAUGACAAUAUUGUGAGUUUUCUCGAAAGCCAGAGAUUUUCUUUUUAUAUAAUCCACUAAUUGAGAACAAAAAGGGCUUUGCUUCUAUAUUUCUUGAAGGAUAAUUCUUUGAAUAAGCUGUAAUUUGAUCGUUUGAAACGCAUAAUAUGUUUUUGGAGGUAAUUUGGGAACUAUCUUCUGACUAAAUAAAAUCUCAAGUCAUUCUUGACUCUUUAUAUAACGGAUUAAAAAAUUUUCAACGGAGGGCUUUUUUUCUAAUCAAAGGUGGUCAGAACUAGACUGGGAAAAAGAAAUUGGUGAAAAAUAACUGGGAUAGCAAGGUGUUGCGGCUAUAGACUCACCUCAGCAACAGAUGUUCGUUUAAAAAAUGCAAAUUGCAAAACUUUAUGUUCUGAAUAUCUUCAAUCCCACAUAUACGGUUAAAUAAGUUAAUAACUGGUUUUAUUUUUUUCUGUGGUGUUCAGAUUUUUAACAAUUUUUUAAAAUUUACUUAUUGUACAGCCCCACAAUUUUUAUGUGCGAAUACAUAGAUAUGUACAUCAUUCAUCACAUAAAGGCUAGAAACGUGUCCAUUUAAAAGAAACGGAUUUGAAUCGUGAUUGUUUGAAAUGAAGUGAAACUGCAACCUGUGUCAAGCUUUGUGCUUCAUGACUUGAACAUUUUAAACAUGCAAAUGUAUCAUGACUGCUUCGUUUUUUUAAGCAUUGUUUGUUUUUUAUUAAAUAAAUGAGAACAU